AUGCUUCUGUAUGGACCGUUGAAGUCCGCCUGCCUUAUUUUCGAUGUGUCCUCACCCGUACUCAAUGAUACAAACCUCGAAUUCAUGGUGAACUUCACUCGAAAUUCCACAGAUCCAUCUGAAUGGGGAGUGUGGGCUUUUGUGGAGAAAUUUCAGGACAAUACCCUUUCUCCCGACUUUCUGGACUUGGUCCCGGUUAUGGUGUAUAAUCAAAGUCAACUAUCCGGAUUUUUAUUGUUGCAUCCCAAUUUCGUCGAAACAAAUGUCACACUUCAAGCAUUCACGUUCAAUUCCACCAAGAAAAUGUUGAUGCCGUUUGGAAACAAAUCGAGUACCUUUCUAUUGCCAGCAGCGCCAACAAUAAUAACCACUGUAACAAGAGUUCCUGCGUUUGAAUCGACCAGUCCCUGUGGUUCCAAUCGAACGAUCGGCGCCGUCAGUGGUGGCUCAUCAACUCACACGAAUGUGAUUGUUGGUGCCACAAUCGGAUCGUUUGCCUUCGCUCUAUUGACUUUGGCACUUUUGACUAUAUGGUUACGAAGACGUCGAAAAAUCGCACCUUCGGAGUUUUUCGGAGAUAAAAUGGUUCGAGCACCAUACUCAUAUUCGGAAGGCUUUGGCCUCAAACAUCAUUCAAACGAUGGUGCUGAAAACGCCCGAAGUUGA